AUGUCCGCCGCAGAAUACUACGGCAACAGCCAAGGGGGAGGAGGAGGAGGAGGCUAUCCACCACAGAACCAGUCACCAUACCCUCCACAGCCUCAAUACGCGGCUUCACAAUCACACUCGCCAUAUCCGCCACAGCAGACCUACGGUGCUCCGUCACCGUCGCCGUACCCCGCGCAGCCGUCCUACGCCCAGUCGCCAGCACCGGCGUACUCGCAAAACCACCUCGCGCCAUACCCGCAACAACCGCAAUACGCGCGCCCGGGCUCCGCCCACUCAGACGCCGGCUACCCCGCGCCUCCCUACCCGGACGACCGUCCCGGCUCCUCUACAAGCAGCCACCACUACCCGCGCCCGCACUCGGCGGACCCCAGCCGCGAUCCGAAUUACAGAUCGCAGCACGGCGAGGAGGACGGCGAGCGCGGACUGGGCGCCUCGCUGAUGGGAGGGGGAGCUGGGGGUCUCCUGGGCCACAAGCUGGGGAAGGGCAAGUUGGGCACGUUCCUUGGCGGUGCGGUGGGUGCUGUGGCGGCGAAUGUGAUUGAGCAUAAGAUCGAGGGCCGGCAUGGAAAGCAGCAUGGCGGCGUAGUCAUCAUGGCUCUUCGCACCAUGGAAGUUCUUAUGAAGGGCAUGGCGGGCAUCAUGGUGGGAAUCAUGGUCAUCAUGACAGUCAUCAUGACAGUCAUCAUGGAGGGCAUGGAAGCCAUCACGGAGACCAUCACGGCCACCACGGUCACCACGGGCAUCAUGGACAUCAUGGUCAUCAUAGCGACCAUGGCGGUGGCGGGUGGUAGAUGGAGAGAGUCUGGUGGGGAGAGUUUGAUGGGAGUAAUGAUCUAG